AAUCCGAAGAACCUGAAGUACCUACAGAAUCCGAAGAACCUGAAGUACCUACAGAAUCCGAAGAACCUGAAGUACCUACAGAAUCCGAAGAACCCGAAGUACCUACAGAAUCCGAAGAACCUGAAGCACCUAAAGGACCUAAAACACCUAAAGCACCUACAGAAUCCGAAGCACCUACAGAACCUGAAGCACCUGAAGCACCUACAGAACCUGAAGUACCUGAAACACCUACAGAACCUGAAGCGCCUGAAACACCUAAGGUGCACAUACAAGAAGGAAAGGACGAAAAAGCGAUAAUUCCGGAAAUCAAGGGUCCCCUUCACAAAACUAUCACAAAUGUUGCUGUAGCCGAUCCUGAAUAUUUGAGUGUAUCAACUGGUGAAAUCAACCUUAAUAAACUAGAUAAAUUCGUAGAAGCGCUGGAAAAUUCACAAAUUGUUGAUUAUGGAUAUGGUAGUCCGGCCAUUCGCCUUGUUAUUUAUCGUCCGCUUGAUGUAUUUGUGGGGAAAAAGUUUGUCGUUUAUUGCAAGCGACAUGUAAUUGCAACUACUACAAUCGAAGAUAGCACUG